AUGGACCCUGCUGGCGCCAAGGAGGACGACAUCACUGCUCUACCCAAUGACGUCCGCGGCACCAUCAUCUCCAUGUUCCACAUCUAUGACGCCAAAGACAUAUAUACAAGCCAUAUCCCAGGGUGGAAACGCCUCUGGCACGAAUCCAUCCCGCUCAACCUUGAUGACCAUGACCUCCAGAAAAGGGUGUGGGGAGAAAACCUAGUCGACCUCAUCUCGGACAUCCUCAAGGCUCCACGCCAGGAUGGCGAGUCGAUGCCCUCGCUGUAUGUAGCCUUCCAUGCUGAAGUUCUCCUCUCUCUGUAUCCGAUCGAGGCAUGCCCCGCCGCCACCCCCACCCACCCCCCGCUGAUCCACCCUCCUCCUUCUUUCUGCAACCCAUCGCCGGCACCGCAGCCUCGUCUCCACAGCGCCUCCGACGACCGCGCCCGGAGAUGUCGACGGCGAAGCCCCGCCCCACCGCCACCCGCGGCGGCCCCGCCCCCGCCGCCAACCGCGGUGCACCCGCACCCGCCCCCCGCAGCCCGCGGCCGUCUCCGCCGCCCCCGCCGCCCCGGCCGCCGCGACGAAGCCCGACGUGCAGCUGCGCAAGCCCGUCUUCACCACCAUCGACAAGCUGCUGCCGCAGACGCACGACCACACCCUCACCGCGCGCGUCCUCUCCGCCCGCCCGCCGCCCGCACCCGCGUCUCCGAGUGCCUCGUCGGCGACCCCACCGGCACCGUCCUCUUCACCGCCCGCAACAACCAGAGGAAGCGCCCGCUUGAUCCCCCCCUCGCCCGUCUCAUCUGUUCUGCUUUGCUUGCCACCAGAGGACAAGGGCGUCAUGGCCAACCAAGGCGCAUGGUGCUCGCAAGCGACGAACGGAGGCUGUUUGACAUCGGCACGGAGGAGGAGGACGGGCACGGACGGAGGACAGAGCACCUCUCUUCUUCCAGGUUCUUCUCCUUAUCUUCACUUAAUGUAUGUGCCUAUGCUGCAGCUCACCCAUGGUCUUGUUUGUCCUGCAGGUUAGUGAGCAGCUUCAGGAGGAGCUCAAGCACGACCACCAAGAGGCACCACCGCAGCAACAGGGAGACUGUGGAAGGCAUGUUGUAUUUCUGUUAGCCCAGUCCUGACUAUGUCUGUCUAUGAGUCCGACAUUUGAUCGCUGUUGAAGGAGCUCCAUGCUGAAGAAGAAAACACUUGUAGAGCUUGUAACAUUACUUGGAGAGCUUGUAAAGUACUGUAGAGCUUUGCAUUUGUAGAGCUUGUAAAGCAUCGUAUACGUUAGAGCUUGUAUUACGUGUCAUUUGUAGAGCUUGUAGUGAAUUUGGCUAUUGUUAUUUGAAUAAUUAUGUGUGUUUUCUGCUUGCCUAUUUAAAUACUGGUUAUUUUCUUA